GACGCGUCUUCCCUUAAUUGCUUCCUCGUCCCGAAACUUCCCGCGCGUCACGGUCUUUCUUGUUUUUGCUCAGUAAGCAUUGUUCUUUUAGUUUUUAGAUAUAAUAUUUGGGGAUUUCAUUUCUUAGUUGUGUUUAUUAACGUGUCUUAUUUUCUUUUUUUUAUAUAUUUCUUUAUAUUAUAUACUUUUUGUUCGCCGACCGUGAGCAUGUUUGCGUACGUGAGGUACGAGGACAAGCACAAAGCUAUAGUUCCUAUUUCGCUAAUUAAACGGUUUACGCCGGAACAUGUAGAAGACUUUAAUCAUCAAAAGACGAAGAUGGUCUUUUGGAUGGCCGAGGACGGCACCCAGCGCGGCUUCUACAAGGGAAAGAUCCUCAAACUCGGAGAAACCAAAGACUUGCUACUUCGGGCGAUGGUGAAGGAGAGGCUGGCAUUGCCACGUGUCAUUUAUGACACAGGGGAAGAACAGCCAGCAGAGGAUGAAGGCUCAUGCUCAGGAACUGUUGCUGAGCUGCCACCGACAUCCCAAGUCUCGUCUCACAACCGUCGACAUGACGGAGUGGAUUUGGAGGGUCCACCAAUGGUUGCCGCAACAUUGUAUGAGGCUGAGCGAUCAAAAAAGCGUGCCCUUAAAGAAGAAGUGAAGCGCUUGAGACAAGAGCUGGACGAGGAGAGGAGGCAUGCUCGCAACGUGCAGAAGGCACUAAUGAGCAGACCACCCACUGCAGGAGCGGAGUUGCCCUCUGCCAAGGCAAGCCGUCCUUCCGGCCCUCCUCUGGCUACUAGUGUUCGAGGAGGCUUGCCAGCUGGAGCAGGCUGCCCCCGAGCACGGGUGCACUCUUCUGCACCAGGGGCACGGAGGUCUCUCGUGCUGCCAGUUCUACAGGAAGACAUUCCAGUCCACGAUCCCCUUCCCUCCCUGGACCUGGAAGAGCUGGCGCACCCCGUGCCUCUGCCUGUGUGCUUGGCAGAGGAGCCACGUCAGUACGAGGGGACCCGACCCAUUGGAGCACUAGCUGGAGCGAUGGGCUCCUUGGUCCAGAGCCCCAGUUUGCCAACCCCUCCUGUCAGGGUCCCGGCUGUCGACCCCGUGCCGGCUGUGGACCCCGUGCCGGCUGUGGACCCCGUGCCGGCUGUGGACCCCGUGCCGGCUGUUGACCCCGUGCCGGCUGUUGACCCCGUUCCGGCUAGAGGCAUCAAGACCGCCCCAAAGACGAAGGGGGAGCACAUCGCCGAGUCUCCGACAGACGCAAAGUUUGUGAAAGAUCUUCUCCGUGCAACAUGGACCGACAGGGAGCUUCGCAACAGAAGCCUAUCGGGGGUUCCCUGUCGGCGAUUUGUGAAGAUGGAGAACGCCAAGGAGCCAAGGACGGCCCUGACUCCCGAAAAAGUCUGCAGUAUUCGUGCUGCCUUCUCCACCUUCGUUGGGGAUGCCCCGAACAAGAAGCGGCGGCUAGGCCUAAUGAAUAAGUAUGUGGCCACCUUCCUGCAAGACAAGGCCAACCAGUGGAGAAAGCUGGAGGCCAAGUCUGCACUGCAGCUAGCAGCAGAGCAGCCACCAGCUCAGCAGCCGGCUACCCAGCAGCUGGCAACCCAGCAGCCUGCUGAGAGCGGGUAGACGUAGACUACUACCCAAGGGGGAACGAUGUGUGGGAGUAUUUUGGCAAAAUUAAUGCUUUUUACUGAAGCCAUAUUUCCCAAUGUACUUAAAAUUCUCCCUACCUUCAAUAAAGUUAUUAUGGUAUA